AUGUCGGGCGGGUUCGAACCGUUCGCCCUUUCUGAAGACGAUGUGCUGAAGCUUAUUGCCACUCAAGCCCACAUCGGCUCUGCUAAUGUGGACUUCCAGAUGGAGCAGUAUGUUUACAGACGUCGUUUUGAUGGAACGUACAUUAUCAAUUUGAAGAAGACUUGGGAGAAGCUUCUCUUCGCGGCUCGUGCCAUCGCUGCUGUCGAGAAUCCCGCUGAUGUGGUCGUCGUCUCGGCUCGACCCUAUGCUCAGAGGGCUCUCCUCAAGUUCGCUGCCCACACGGGCGCUACUGCAAUCUUCGGCCGAUUCAGUCCUGGAUGCCUCACUAAUCAGAUCCAAAAAUCUUUCAAGGAACCACGGCUUCUGGUUAUUUCUGACCCUCGCGUUGAUCACCAGGUAUUGCUAUUGCAUUAA